AUUUUUAUAUUAAAUCUAGUUUAUUUAUGUAUAUGCAUAUAAACGAAAUGGAUUUGAUAUUGCCAUCUACAAAGACAGAUGGAGCUUUAUGGUUAGGUAAUAUAAAGGCUGCUUAAAAUAUUUUGAAUCUAAGUAAAGAAAACAUUCGUACCGUAAUUACAGUAGCUAGUAAUGCUAAUGUAAGUUAUCCAAAACAUUAAAAAAUUAUCCAAAAGGUAUAUUGAUCAAUAAUUUAAGGUUUUUAAAGUUCAUGAUAAAGAAAAUGUAAGUAUCUAAGAACUGAUCGAAAUGACAAAUGAAGAAAUAGAAGAAGCAAUGAAGAUUGGAUCUGUUUUAGUACAUUGCAUGGCUGGUAUUUCAAGGUCAGCUACUUGUGUAAUUGCAUAUUUGAUGUAUCAAAAUAAAUGGGUAUUUGAGAAAACACUUAAAUUUGUAAAAUCCAAAAGACCCUGUGUAAAUCCAAAUGAGGGAUUUAAAAAAUAACUGAUUUCGUAUUCAAAUGAAAUUUAAAAGAAAUUAUUACCUAAAUAAACUAAAUAAAUUGAAAAUCCUUUAGCAAAAUUAAGAAGAUAAUUACAUCAAUCACCUGAAGAUUUGAUAAAAAAUACUUAAUUAGCCAAAUCUCCUAAACAUGAGAUUAAAGUAUUAACCAAAAAUUCUACAGAAGAAGAGAAAUAAUAAUAUAGGUAAUAAUUAGCCUAAAAAUUAUUUGUAAGUACAUUUUCUACAACUGAUAGAAAUCGAAAAUAAUUUAAUACUAUGCAUAUAAAUAAAUCUUCAAAUAUUAAAGGAUGCAUAAGUAUGUACAAAUUAGUGGAAGAAUAAAAAUUAGGUGGAUUUUUAUCAGAUCGAUUCAAUUGAUGGAAG